GACAUCACAACGUCAUUUAGCAACAAGCCUCCAGCAACUUCCCCGGAAAUGUUGUUGGCAACACUGCGCUCAGGAUGCUCAAUCCCGAAACACUGUUCCGUUGUUUGUGCCUGUUCGCUGCGUUUGAAGCGGCAUGUCUGAUGGACACCGGCAUGCUCUUCCCCCGGGAGUCCCCCUCCCGAGAGGUGAAGGAGCUGAACGGGGUGUGGAACUUCAGGGCGGACAGGUCCCCGGACAGGAACCAGGGCUUCGACCGGGCAUGGUACAAAAGUCGCCUCGCAGAGACUGGGCCAGUGAUUGACAUGCCAGUUCCUGCCAGCUACAAUGACAUCACCCAGGACCCCACGCUGAGAGAUUUCAUUGGCUGGGUUUGGUAUGAGAGGGAGGUGGUGGUGCCUUCCCGCUGGAUCGCCGACAAGGGAACAAGAGUCGUUAUCAGAGUGGGAAGUGCUCACUAUUAUUCAGUAGUGUGGGUGAAUGGGGUAAAAGUGACGGAGCAUAAAGGGGGUCAUCUUCCUUUUGAGGCUGAGAUAGGUGCUUUACUACGCAAGGAGCCUACUCAGCUGUGCAGGAUCACCAUCGCUGUCAACAAUACUCUGUCUCUGGACACUCUUCCUCCAGGAAGUAUCCAGCACAUGACCGAUCGAACCAAGUAUCCUGAGGGCUAUUUUGUGCAAAACUUCAACUUUGAUUUCUUCAAUUAUGCUGGCAUACAUCGCCCUGUACUGCUGUAUACUACACCUAAGGCUUAUGUGGAAGACAUCACCGUGGUAACUGACUUCUUGGAUAACACUGGCCUUGUCAAAUACGAAGUAUCAGUCCAAAAUGCCCCCUCGGCCACCUUCGAGAUCACCUUGAUGGACAAAGAUGGCCACUCCGUUGCCUCCUCUGCCAAGCCGUCCGGAGUGCUCAAGAUAGCGGAUGUCAAUUUAUGGUGGCCAUACUUGAUGCAUGAGAACCCAGGUUACCUUUACUCUUUGGAGGUUCUCUUACUGGCUGUCGAUGGGGGAUCUGCUUACGACGAUGUGUAUACUCUACCAGUCGGCAUCCGCACGGUCGACGUUACCAGCACCCAGUUCCUCAUCAACAAAAAGCCCUUCUACUUCCACGGAGUAAAUAAACACGAGGACUCUGAUAUCCGAGGUAAAGGCUUGGACUGGCCCCUCAUGGUGAAGGACUUUAACUUAUUGAAGUGGUUGGGGGCCAACUCGUUUCGCACCAGCCACUAUCCUUAUGCAGAGGAGAUCUUGCAGAUGUGUGACCGCCACGGGAUCGUGGUGAUAGAUGAGUGCCCGGGCGUGGGCAUCAAAGACAUUCGCAGUUUUAGUAACGCCUCCUUGAACCAUCACCUGGUCGUCAUGGACGAGCUGGUACGCCGGGACAAGAACCAUGCCUCCGUGGUCAUGUGGUCAGUGGCCAAUGAGCCGGCUGCAGAAAUGCAACCUGCUGAUUUCUAUUUCAAGACCUUGAUAAAACAUACCAAAGAAUUGGAUCCAACCCGGCCCGUCACUUUUAUCACAGACAGUAACUUUGCCAGGGAUAAAGGGGCUCCCUACGUGGACGUCAUCUGCGUGAACAGUUACUUCUCCUGGUACCAUGAUCCGGGCCACCUGGAGGUCAUCCCCAUCCAGCUCAACACUCAGUUUGAGAACUGGUAUGGAAAGUACCAGAAACCCAUCAUCCAGAGCGAGUAUGGAGCGGAUGCGGUGCCGGGGCUUCACAGUGAUCCACCCGUGAUGUUUACCGAGGAGUACCAGAAGUUAGUCCUGCAGAGCUACCACAACGUGUUCGACCAGAAAAGGAAGCAGUACGUCAUUGGUGAACUCAUCUGGAACUUUGCAGACUUCAUGACUACACAAGGGGUCUUUCGCGUGGUGGGGAACAAGAAGGGUGUUUUCAGCAGGCAAAGGCAGCCCAAAGCAGCGGCGUUCAUCCUGAAGGAGAGGUACUGGAGACUGGCGAAUGAAACGGGGAAACUACCUCCUUGGACCAAGUACCCUUGCUCACUCUGACACCCUCUAGUUGCCGGUCAAGGAUGGGCUCAAUCCCAUGUAAACUGCUCUGCUGGUAAAAUUCUGCCAGUUUCUUGAAGCAGUUUCGUUGGUUAAAAGAUUAAACCAUCAUGACAUUCGGCUAUGCCUCCUUAGUUAUGAACAAAAGUCCCAACACCGUAUUAUAAUGUGAAUUAUGUUGAUAUGGUUUCCUUAUAAUACCCACUAAUUUAGUUUAGAUUUUAACACAUAUUCCUAUCUGGCAGGGCUUUCAGUUGCUGUCAUAAAAAGCUCAAGGUCAAUGUGAUUUGCGAUGCUGAAUGCAAUCGUAAAAGUUUUAUUUUUUAUGUGAUCAAGAUCAAGAGAAAUUUUUAUAUGAAUCGAGCCAUUAAAGACAAAUCAUGAAGUCAA